AUGUCCGCUGAUUCCACUCCGCGGCUAGUCGGGGCCCAGACAUCAAAAUCAUUCUCCCGUAUGGAGGACACAUCAUCCAGCUCCUUUCCUCGAAACCGCGCAAAGGCAGUGCAGGGGAUUUUAACUCAGGACGUGGAAGCAGAGACUUCUCCUCUUACACCUUUGGACCCAGACCCUCUAUAUGGAGAAUCAGAUCUUUUUGCGAAAAGAGACUCGAUAGAUUUGGCGGAUGGGCGGCUACUCGGCAAGCCUGAUGCCUCCCAUUCCCAGCUGCCAUAUCCGGCGGACCACUUUGAGCUUCCCAUAGAGCUAGCUAGCUUGACUGAUAGGUUUAUUGCCUCUCUCAGCGCGAAAGUGUACUCAACUCCACCCUCCAUAGAUAAGCUUUCGGGCCUCUUUCAAGACUUUUAUGUGCGUGCCGCCGCGCAUAUAUCAACCCAUAUUUCGACGCUGGCCUCUCGUUUGCACCGCGAAACUCUCUCAUCUCCUUCCCCUCCUCAAAUUUCUGGGAAAAUUCAACGUGAUCCCUUGUCCAAAGAUCAAUCAAAGGGCUCUGAAAAGCUUACUACUGACCAGCAAAUGCUGACAGCGGAAGAGGUGGCAGAGAAACGGAGAGCCCGCAAGAUUUUACAAUACAAAGGCCACGCCCUCGAGGAGGCAGUCGAGCGGCGGGCCUGUGAAGCUGUAUACGACAAGAUCUGGCGCCACAAAAAUUCUUUGGAUGAAGUCAGAGACGAGAAACUGCGUUCCAAGACAGCGGCAUUAGCACUUGUUGGUAUUGGACUCAAGGACCUGGGGAUUAAGGCUUGGGAUUUGGACGGAUCCGAAGAAUCUGAAGCGUCAAAAUUCCUAACCUCUGCCCGAGAAAGUUUAAUCAAAAUGAACGAUGAAAAAUUCCCCUUAGGCAAACUCCAUCAUCUUACUGCUGCCCACAAGGCUAUCGUCGAUACAUUGACAAUAGUUCUUCCGUCAUCCUCUUCUGCUGACGAAAUAUUACCGACCCUGAUAUACAUCCUAAUAACUACACCAGCGGAAGGCAUCAACAUUAUAAGUAACCUACUGUUCAUUCAGCGCUUUAGAGCAUCAAGUAGACUCGAUGGCGAAGCAGCGUACUGCUUGACUAACCUAGAAGCAGCCAUCAGCUUCCUAGAGAAUGUGGACCUAAACAGUUUACAAACAGACCAAACACAAGACGGUGCAUUGAACUCUCCUCGGGUCGCUUCUAACCCCACCUCUAUCCGGCAUGAUGCGCCAACAAGCAAGAGCCCUUCAACAAUUUCGCCUUCUUCGACCGCUUCUCAACUGUCGUUUGAAGUGGGAAAAUCGGAUUCAGGGCGGCGGUUGAUGUCAAAUGAAGGCGAUCCUUCGCCACAGCGGCGUCUCACUAACCUCCUUCAACCUUCAGCUAAAGUUCUUGGUGCUGCCAAUGACGCUGUUAGAAACACUGCUGACCAGGGAUUCAAAAAUAUCAGCAACACACUUGAUAAUAGCUUCAACUUUCUCUUUGGCCGCUUGAGGGAAGUUCAAAGCAGACAAAACGGGGAGCCGAAUGGGAUAUCUACGCUUGUUCCAAAAACUCUGGAUGAUGCUCGGCGGUUGGUCACUACCUCGCCAAUUUUAGACGAAACCGACAGCAGCGGGAAAGCUGAAGAUAGGCUCCUCGGGCUUAUCGGUGGGCGAAUGUUAUCCAGACAGAAUAGCACGGGUAGCUCGGGGAACAGCGGUAGUGGGUCAAAAGCUAUCUCCUCCAGCAGAGAAACAUCCACUCCCGCCGCACCUAAUUCUGGAUCGAUUUUCUCCUACCCCGCAAACCAACUAACGGCUCCGCCAUUUGGGUCAAUGAAGAGUAUCGGCAAUACCUUAAAUCCUUUAAACCACAUUCCAGGCAUGAUCCGUGGGUUCGGGCGAAGCGCACCUGACCCUUCUCACGACACUGUGUUAACCACAGACAAGCCAAAAACAGCAGAGUCUAUAUCAAGCCGCUCUAGCACUCCCGCUCCACAGAAGACUACCACGAGCACAAACAUCAUCAACACCGCCGAAUUUAAACCUCCAAUCAAGCGAUUCUUGGAAAUGUCGGAUGCUGGAGAGCUUAAAAUGAGCGAUAUUCCCGAGCUACUCGAAGAUUACAAGCGGCUUGCCCUGUUCUUGAAAGAACCUAGUACUUCCUAA